UACACACUUGAAAAAAAAAAUCAAUCUCGCAAUAUUAAACAUUAAUUAUAACACAAAAUGUACACGUCCCUACCAAUAAUCUUAACCUUCUCCCUCCUCCUCCUACCACCGUCCUCUUCCUCCGCCACCGCAACCACCUGCCGGAAACCUCCGUCAGUCUCGACCUCAACCGCCACGUGUCCCUUGCCGUCGGACCUAAUCCUAACCGCUUGUAACGGCACGACCGCUUCUCUCUCCGACCUGGAAGAGUCCUGCAUCCAAACCCUAGCCUCCGACUACCGCACCGCCUCCGCAACCACCGCGUCGGAGAUGGCCACCGCAGCAACGUCGGUGGCCCUGGAGAAGGCCGAGCGCACGGCCGAGCUGAUCGGGUGGCCGAAGAAACCGGCCUUCAAGAGCUGCGCGGAGAGCUACGUGGAAGUGGUCGAGGCGCUUAGGAAUGCGGAGAGGUUGCUUGCGAAACACGGCAGCGGCGACCGUGAUGACGUGGAGGAUGCUGACGUGGAACUAGGGAUGGCCCGUGAGGCUGUGGACUACUGCGAUCUGUUGUUGACGGUGAAUAAAGACGACACGGCCUCCCCGGUUUAUGCGGCGAACAGAGAGGUUUAUGGUCAUGUGAUAUUCGCCAUGAGUGUUGCUGAUUUGUUGUAGUGCCCAACGAUUUUUUUUUUUUUUUUUUUUGUAG